AUGCUCCCAUGGAUCUGUCUCUUCCUUCAACGUGUUUGGCCAGACAAAGCCACGGACGCCUCUUCUACCAGUCUCCUCCGACUGUCCUCCAAUCUCUUUUCCAGUCGCCACCUUCGGAACCAUCUUCUCAGUUAUCCUCUGUCACAGGGACCAACAAAAACUGUUUUGAGUUUAACUCCUUACUGCUUAUCAACUGUGAGCUCCCAGUUUCGUCAGAACUAUUCUGCCGAAGUGGAGACCACUGUCAACUGCCUGGUCGACCUGUAUCUGUGGGUCUCCUACAACUACCUCUCUCUGAGUUUCUAUUUUGAGCAUGAUGAUGUGGCUCUGUAGAGCGGAGGCCACGUCUUCCGCAAAUUGGCCCAGGAGAAGUGUGAAGGUGCCGAGCGUCUCUUGAAGAUGCAAAACAAGCGUGGCGGCUGCGCCCUCUUCCAGGACAUGCAGAAGCUGUCCCAAGAUGAGCGGGGUAAAACCCUAGAUGCCAUGGAAGUUGCCAUAGUCCUGAAGAAACGGAACCAGGCCCUCUUGGAUCUGCAUACCCUGGGUUGUAAGCGCUCAGACCCCCAACCCUGUGACUUCCUGGAGAACCACUUCCUAGAUGAGGAGGUGAAACUCAUCAAGAAGAUGGAAGACCACCUGACCAAUCUCCGCAGGCGGCAGGCCGGGGCUGCCCUGGGCGAGUAUCAUUUCAAAAGGUUCACCCUCAAGCACGACUAG